ACCCCUGCAGUCUGCAGCAUCCCCUUCCCCACUCCCGGCUGGUCUGCUGCGGCCACCCCUGCGCCGAUCCACCUCCGCUGCUUCCUGCCUCAAUAUAUUCGCCCGCCUCGUCGCGUCCGACCCCGCCACAGAAGGCCUUCCAGAACCCUCCGACCCCUCACCUCCGCCCCGCUCCACUCUCCUCCUCCUCCCGGGCCGGCCGACUCCGAUGGCCGUCGUCGAGGCCGCCGCCGCCGACCACGCCGCGCCGCCGCUCCAGGAGGAGGCACCGGGCGCGGGCGCGGGCGCUGGCGCCGACGCCGGGGAGCGCGAGAUGCGGGAUCUGGAGGACCUGCUCUCCAAGCUCAACCCCAUGGCCGAGGAGUUCGUCCCGCCGUCCCUCGCCUCCCCCGCCGCCCUCACGCCCGCGCCGCUCUCCCCCGCCGCCUACGGCUUCUACCCGGCCGGCGCCGGCUUCGCGGUCGCCUCGCCGGGCCACGGCGGCGUCGUCGGCUUCCCGGCCGUCGCGGACGCCCACGCCGCACGAGGCAGGAAGAAGGGCGGAGCCGGAGGAGGGUUCAGCGGCCACGGUCACCCCGCCAGGAGGCGGACCAACAGCCGCACCAGCAUGGCGCAGCGCGACGAGAUCAUCCGCCGCACCGUCUACGUCUCCGACAUCGAUCACCAGGUUACUGAAGAAAACCUGGCAGCACUAUUUAUAAAUUGUGGACAGGUUGUGGACUGUCGCAUGUGUGGAGACCCAAACUCAGUCCUUCGGUUCGCCUUCAUAGAGUUCACUGAUGAGGAGGGUGCAAGGGCUGCUCUGAAUCUGUCAGGAACUGUGCUCGGAUAUUAUCCUGUCAGGGUUCUGCCAUCGAAAACUGCCAUUGCACCAGUCAAUCCAACAUUCCUACCCAGGUCUGAUGAUGAACGGGAAAUGUGUGCGAGGACUAUUUACUGCACAAACAUUGACAAGAAGGUCACUCAGGCAGAUCUGAAAUUGUUCUUUGAGUCUAUAUGUGGAGAGGUCUUUCGGCUGAGGUUGCUUGGUGACUACCAUCAUUCUACUCGCAUCGCUUUUGUGGAAUUUGUGAUGGCAGAAAGUGCUACCGCUGCCCUGAACUGCAGUGGCGUGAUACUGGGAUCCUUGCCAAUAAGGGUGAGCCCCUCGAAGACUCCCGUGCGUCCCCGUGCGCCUCGCCAGCUGAUGCACUAGAGGUGUCCUAGGUACAGGAGGUGCGGAAGGCACUGCUUAUAUAUCAUCAUCAUAUAUAUAUAAUAGAGAAUAGACAUAUAUGAAAGAGGGGAGGGGAAAAGUGGCGUCACUUGUUCUAAGUUAUGGGCUCGGCCUUUUUGUUUUGGGUUCUUGCUUCACCACCGUGUGACUGAGUACUAAAGUGCCUACGUACGCCCCGGGUCGACGCCGGCUGGCAGGGCCCUUUUGUUUACUACCUUGCACAUAGAAGGAGAGGAGAUGGAGAGCUUCUCACUAGAAGGAUCGGAAGCGCGCGCGGGGGGGUCUGCCUGAUGCUCUUGUCCUUGAUGCAACAACAGGCGGAAAACUCCUGGACUUUUACCCUGCUGUUCAGUUGUUUGCUGCUGUGUCCUGGUUGCUACUGAAACAAACUGGUUAAAAAAAACUUGGGUAUUGGAGACUAUGUGCCCUGCCUGUUGGUUUGGUU